CAAAGAAAUAUUUAAAGGAGAGACAUGAUUUAAAAAAAAGCGUAACUGUUGUAACUGUUCUAGGUGCUAAGAACCGUGAUACUUCGACAUGAUGACAAAUCUUUGAGAGAAACAUUCGUAGUCAUCCGUUACGCUUGCGAGUAAAAUGAUAUAUACGCUAAGUAGAUUGUAGUAGUAUACGUAGAUAUAUGCAUGUAGUUCAAAUGUAAAAGAAUAUCAAAACACGAACCAAGCUCGCAAAUACAUGUGUGUUCUAUUCGUGCAAAGGCAUGUGUAUAGCUAUCAUUCGUAAAUAACACACGCAUGGUCAUGUGUGCAAUAUAUAAGCACUAUCAUCCUACCACGAGGAAGUCAGUAUGUGUCACAGUAUUGCGGUGGAAGUUACCGGCGCGGUCACCUGACAAGCAUGAGCGCAGUGUCUGACAGUUGAGGGUAUCUUACCAAAAUUUGAAGGGAGUGUACACUAUACAGUUAGAUACAUCAAGAAUUAACAAUUCAAAGAAAUAGCAUUGACUGCAGUUACUGUCUGGUGAUUGUGGCCAACAUGUUUUGAUGUUCUUUAAUGUUAUCAGUUACGAAAAAAUAAUUUAUUCACAUGAAAGUGCUUCUUCUUUUUUAAACAAUUAUUCAAAGUGAAGGAAGAUCGAAGAAUUGAGGAAGAAAAAUUUCUAAACUAUUUCGGAGGUUCAAGCACCGUUGUUUGUCUUCCGAAAGAAAUACGAUCGUACUAAUUAUGUAUUCAGAUAUAUGAUCCAUGUCUUGUCAAUAUACACUCCAUUUUCUGACAACUUUCUGAAUAUAUUUCCACGAUACUUGUUAAGAAUUGCCAUUGUGAAAUUAGGUCGUCUUGUUCAAUAAUGCACUGCUGUACAGUUUGCAAGUGUACAGAAUAUCAAUAAUGACAUUUGAAAUUACAAGUCAAAAGAAAAGGAAUCAUAGGCCACGAUGAAAUCACGUAAAUAAUAAUUGGCAAUUAAAUAUAAGAACAAAAUGGAAGUUUAAAAGAAAACAGAAAGAAGAGGUCACGAGUACGAAGUAAAAUGUUCUGACUAAAAGCAUACAGCAAAGUAUCCACAUGCAUUUUGAAGCAUCAAUUACAAAGGUCGCGAUUGAUUGUCCAAAGACAUCCCGUUUCGUGCCGUAAAUUUAUAGAUCCGUCUUAGAUCUAAUAGGAAAGAUUGUUAGCAUAUUCGUUGAUGGGCCAAGGGCAUUCGAACCUGUUCAGAUUGGGAAAGAUGAUAACUAUAGACUAUCCAGCUGUUAUUCCAUUCAUAAUUGAGAAAGAAAAUCAAAGCAAGGCUAAAUCACCGCCUCAGUUGUCUUGGCAAUAAAUGAUCUUCCGUGAUUGCUGCGAAUUUUACAUACAUAUAAAUGUCAAUUGGAAUCGGAAUUUUUGUUGAUCCGUUUUCAUUUCAUGUAAUACAUUAUCGAUCGAUUAACGACUGAAAUAAAGUUACGAAGACACUUAUCGACCGAUUUGCCUGCUUUGAAUUACAUGAAGGAAGUGAUCUUCUUGACAGAAUUGUCAAGAGUUUAUUGUCACUAAUAUUUACGAUACAUAUAAUGAUUCAGCGGAUCUCUUCUCUUUUUACCAAUCUGUAAUUGCCACGGUGACCAAUAGAAGAAUUUAUAAACUCAACGAUAUUCGACGCCGAUGAUAUGAUACCUUUGUAGGAAAUUGCGUCGCUUUGGGAUUUUCGUGCGAGUAAUGAUAAUAAUUUGACGAAGAUUAGCGUGUUGUACGGUGCAUCCAUUUAAUGCGAAUCGUUAUCAUGAAAAUAGACAGAUCGAACUUGCUUCUCGCUAAAAAAGGCAGCAUUCUAUUAUCGUUCCGAUUUACAGAAUGUCAGGAUUGAUCAAGAUUGCCGCGGAACUUGUAUUUUUCUUAGCUGUCACCGGCGACAGGGAAUUCUUCUCGACACUGUUUAUCAAGCAUUUUUGAGCGCAAUGGAUAACAGCGAACCUCGAGUCGAGGAUAAAACACAGAAUAUCCAUAGCAGACGACCGAGUAUAUCCAUAAGCAACACAAGUGUUACCAUAUCAAAUACAAAUGAAUCUCAAACGAACGUGAAUGCAGAGGGAACGGAGAAUUCGCCAUCGAAAGCGUCAUCAACAAGUUCCUCGCCCCGAAGAACCGCUACGAAUUCCACAAAAUCGAAUUCCCCUAGUGUGAACGAAAACACGAGAGUUGAAAAUAGCAAGGAAAUCAUUUACAAAAUGGAUAAAAAUGGUAUUCAAUCGAAUGGAUCGCCGAUGGCGAAUAAAAAAUUAUCCAGAAGCAGCGUUUAUCCCUCGGGAACAAAUCUGACUGCUCGGGACGCUUUUGGUCCUAAGCUUACAAUACCAGUGACACCGGAAGACACUCCACCGUUACCGGAAACACCAAUAUUUGCUGAAGAUAUACCGAGAAAUUCUUUAUUGCAAAAGGAUUCGUCCUCAGAGGGGGAAGUGGAUCCCGAAACACUUUACUUCCGAGAUGGUCGUAGACGCAUUGAUAUGGUGUUAGUGUACCAGGAGGAGUACACUGGAGUGAUGACGGAAUUAGAGGCACGUCGAAAAGAACAAAGACGCGUUUUCCAGCAGAAUCUAUUAAAAGAGGGUUUGCAGUUGGAACUGGAACCAAAAGAAAACUCCUUCGAUGGGAAAACUUACUUCUUGAAAUUGCACAUUCCAUGGAAGAUUAAAGUUCAAUACGCUGAAGUGAUGAACUUGAAAUUACCCACCAAAAGGUUCAUUACUAUUUCUGUUAAGGCUUGGCAAGGUAACGAAGACGUGAAAGAAAGCCCAAAAUUUUGGGAGAAAUGGAUACAAUGGGUAAGAAAGAUACAUACUUGGGAUACGAAGAAGUAUCCGGAAGAGCCUAGCUUUUAUAACAGCAUUGAUUCUGGCGAUCGAGAAGAGAGAUUCGUGGUAAAGGAUAGAGAUACAGCUUAUACACCUGCACAAAGGUCUUUAAUAGUAAUGCAAAUAUUAUCGAGGGCACGGUACGACGAAAAUCACGAGAAAGCAGGUAUCCGUAGACUUUUGGCGGAUGGCACCUAUUUAGACUGCUUUUCUCUGCACGAGGGCCCGUAUAAUAGACCUGGAUUCAAUGGCGAAAUUCUCGACAGAUAUUUACUGUACUUGAUAUGGGCUAGACCUUCGCAAUGGUACAAGAGGCAGCCGCUCUGGUUGAUUAGACGAUAUUUCGGUGAAAAAGUGGCUCUUUACUUUGCAUGGCUAGGAUUUUACACAAAAUGUUUAUACGCUCCAGCGAUUGUUGGCCUUUUGUGCUUUAUGUAUGGUGUAGGAAGCAUGGAUGGACCUGAUAAUAUACCCAGUAAAGAAAUAUGUGACUAUAGUAUAGCAGGAAAUAUUACAUUAUGCCCUCUCUGCGAUAAAGCAUGUUCUUAUCAAAAGCUCGGCGAGUCUUGCAUAUUCUCAAAACUAAGUUACUUGUUCGACAACCCUGCCACUGUCUUCUUUGCCAUCUUCAUGUCCUUUUGGGCCACGACAUUUCUUGAGUUAUGGAAACGAAGGCAAGCUGUAAUAAUUUGGGAAUGGGAUCUCCAGAACGUUGAAAGUGACGAAGAACCUCGACCUGAGUUUGAAACUACAGUGAAAACAUUUCGAAUAAAUCCUGUGACCAGGGAAAGAGAGCCUUACCUACCAGUAUGGUCUAAGGCUGUACGUUCUUGUGCCACCAGUUCCAUGGUAUUUUUUAUGAUAUGUGUAGUUUUGGGCGCUGUUCUGGGAACCAUUAUUUCUCGAAUAUCGCUGGUAGCCGUAUUUUAUGGCGGCGGAGGUCCAUUUUUAAAGAAGCACGCGAAAAUUUUUACCUCCAUGACUGCCGCUUUAAUUAAUUUAAUUAUAAUCAUGAUUCUUACACGAGUGUAUCAUCGUUUAGCGCGAUGGAUGGUGAACAUGGAGAAUCCCAGAACGCAGACUGAGUACGAAUCCAGUUUCACAUUCAAGAUAUUUCUCUUCGAGUUUGUCAAUUUUUAUUCAUCUCUCAUCUAUAUAGCCUUCUUUAAAGGUAGGUUUUUUGUUCAUCCCGGAGACGCAGACGCACGAUCUUCUGAAUUCUUUCGUAUAAAAACGGACGUGUGCGAUCCAGCUGGAUGCCUGUCAGAAGUUUGUAUACAGCUCGCCAUUAUAAUGGUGGGCAAGCAGUGCUUCAAUAAUUUUGUCGAGAUACUGUCACCAAAACUGUGGAAUUGGUGGCGUAAAAGAAACCACGUUGCGGCUACGAAAGAUCACGGUAGACCGUAUACUUAUUGGGAAAAGGAUUAUCAGUUGCAGGAUCCCGGAAGACUAGCGCUCUUUGACGAAUAUUUGGAAAUGAUUUUACAGUACGGAUUCGUGACCUUGUUCGUCGCUGCAUUCCCAUUAGCACCAUUGUUCGCGUUAUUAAACAAUAUAGCUGAGAUACGGCUUGACGCAUACAAAAUGGUAAGAGAGGCGAGAAGGCCAUUAGCAGAGAGAGUGGAAGAUAUAGGAGCAUGGUAUGGUAUACUACGUGGAGUAACUUACGUUGCUGUAGUGUCGAACGCGUUCGUCAUCGCAUACACGUCAGAUUUUAUCCCCCGCAGCGUUUAUGCUAUCGUUUACUCUCCCACGGAGGAUCUAGUGGGUUAUAUCGACAGUUCUCUAUCGGAAUUCAACACAUCAGAUUAUACAGAUGACAUGAAAAGCGAUAUGGCUAAAAAUCAUCCGGUAACUUGUCAGUAUAGAGGUUACAGAAAUGGACCGGAUCAUUCAAACGAUCCAUAUGGACUCAGCCCGCAAUAUUGGCAUGUUUUCGCAGCCCGUUUGGCCUUUGUCGUUGUUUUUGAACAUAUCGUUUUCGCCCUAACUGGCAUUAUGAGUUACGUGAUACCAGCUGUACCUCGUUCUCUGGCGACUCAAUUACAACGAGAACGUUUAUUAGCUCAAGAAGCCAAAUAUGAGAAAGGUAUAAAGAGCAGAGAAGACGAAGAUGAUAUUUUAUCGGUGCUUAGAGAAGCAGGUAGUAUUGGAGGAAGAGCUGCAGGCGGUGGUAGAGGUAGCUGGGCAAGGCGUUUCAGCAAAUUGAGCGACGGCUUAGAUGCCCACGUCGACGUAACUUCCAGGCAUAAUAGAAACAGUGAUGGUUCAACCGUAUGGGAAGUGACAUGAUUUUGAAAAGUGUCGAUCAUAUUUUCUCCUCAAGGAGUACAUCUGUACUUAAGAACAUUUUAAAAAUACCACUCUCAUUUGUAUCAAAAUUAUCUAAUUCUAUCGUUGUGUAAAUUAUACUUGAGUGAAGUUCUACAUAAGUAUAUAUCGAGAUAUCAAGUACAAACAAAUGAAAUGGUAAUUGUGAUAUUUUAAAAAAUCGUGUAAAAUACACAAACACGAGUAAAUGAAAAACAAUCGAACCAACAUGUAAUGAGAUAAUAUACAAAUGCCAAAAGUAUAUCGACACUUUUUAAAGAUUCAUCGAAAAUCUAUUUAAUAAAUUUUUAACGUUUGAUCGCGAGAUCAAUAACAUAUGUGUGAUUUUUAACAUAAAUACUAUCAGUAUUAACUUACACAGAAUUACCUCUUUUAGAAUAUUUAAACCAGAUACUCUAUUUUCUAAAAUUAUAUUUCAUCAAAAUAGUUUUAGAUCAUAAUAACCGGUUACCGGUGAUAAGCAUUUUUAAAAAAUUUAUAAAACAUACUUGUAUACUUGUACCAUAUGAAAAAGCGACAUGAUGAUCGAAUUGAAUAGUGUCACGUUUGUGUUUCUAUAGUAAGGACGUUACUAUCGUUUAGUUGCUAAAAUUUCUGAAAACACGGGAAAGUAAAAAAAUUCUCUCAAGAUCUACACAAUAUACUCUUUAUUGUAUAUAAUUUCAAUAUUUCAUUCUCCGUCUUACGCUUAACAUUAUUACAAUAAUUACUAUAGAAUAUAUUUAUAAUAAUAUACAUGUACAUAUUUA